UGUUCCACGCAGGCCUUUCUGAAAAUACGACAGACGAGAGGUGAAUAACCCCAUCUAAAACCCUCCCUCCUUCCCUGGAGAGAAUCUGAAUGAAGUUUUAGAUGCCUUACCCUGCAAUAAUGUUUAUGAGAGUAUCUCUGAAUCCACUGAGGACUAGUUGCCGGCGCCUCCAUUUGAGCCCUAGAUUCAUCAUCAGCCCCCUUUUUCAUCCCUCAUCAUCGUCAUCGUCAUCGCAGCAGCGACUGUUGGUUUGUUGCUCUUCUUCUUCUUCUUCUUCCAGUCACCUGAUUAAGAGAAGGGAUUCCUCCUACUCGUUACCCUACUUCUACCAGCAGCGUUUGCCCUACGGCCGCUACGCUUACGACGAAUAUGCUUCCGAAGACGACUCUGACCUUGAACCUCCUCCACACUCCUCUCAAACUCUGGGGGCUUCAACUCUUGACAACAUUGACGAGUGGCAAUGGAAGCUAACUACACUCAUUAGGAAAAAAGAUGAGCAAGAGUUAGUUUCACGUGAAAGAAAAGAUAGAAGAGAUUUUGACCAACUUUCUGCACUCGCUACUCGCAUGGGAUUACACUGCCGACAAUAUUCAAAAGUAGUUGUUUUUAGUAAAGUUCCAUUGCCAAAUUACAGACCAGAUCUCGAUCAAAAACGCCCACAAAGAGAGGUGGUUGUUUCUUCAGAACUACACAGUCGGGUUGAUUAUCAUCUUAAAGCGCACCUUUCACGAAAGUCUGUUGCCAGAGAUGGUUAUCCAAAUAACACUAUGACUACAUCCCCUGGUCUUAAAACUGAUCAUGAGCAAGACGAGCCUCAUAGAAGAAGUCCUGUUGCAGAGGGAAUUCUCAGGCGUAAGAGUUUUCAGCUUCGCAAUAUUCAACAAGAUUGGCAGGAAUCUGCUGAAGGCCAAAAAAUGCAAGAAUUAAGGAGAAGUUUACCUGCAUAUAAACAAAAGGAAACAUUGUUAAAUGCUAUUUCCAGAAAUCAGGUAAUUGUGGUGUCUGGAGAAACAGGUUGUGGUAAAACGACACAGUUACCUCAAUACAUCUUGGAGUCUGAAAUUGAAGGUGCUCGUGGAGCUGAAUGCAGUAUUAUCUGUACCCAGCCCAGACGAAUAUCUGCCAUGUCAGUUGCUGAGAGGGUUGCAGCAGAGCGAGGGGAGAAGCUUGGAGAUUCUGUUGGAUAUAAAGUCCGGCUUGAAGGAAUCAAAGGAAGGGAUACCCGUCUUCUAUUUUGCACUACUGGCAUUUUGCUUAGACGAUUACUUCUAGACAGGAGCUUGCAAGGUGUAACUCAUGUUAUUGUUGAUGAGAUUCAUGAACGAGGGAUGAAUGAAGAUUUUCUACUUAUUGUUCUAAAGGAGCUCCUUCUUCACCGACCAGAACUGAAGUUAAUUUUGAUGAGUGCAACCCUAAAUGCUGAGCUUUUCUCCUCUUACUUUGGAGGGGCUCCAAUGAUUCACAUUCCUGGUUUCACUUAUCCAGUUCGGAGCUAUUUUCUGGAGAAUAUUCUAGAAAUGACUGGAUAUAGGUUGUCAGCGUAUAAUCAAAUCGAUAAUUAUGGUCAAGAGAAAAGUUGGAAAAUGCAGAAGCAAACUUUACGUAAAAGAAAGAGCCAAAUUGCUUCAGCUGCAGAGGAUGCGCUUGAAUCUGCUGAUUUAAGAGAUUUGAAUCCUCGGACUAGGGAUUCUUUGUCUUGUUGGAACCCGGAUUCGAUUGGGUUUAAUCUUAUCGAAAAUGUUCUCUGUCAUAUAUGUAGAAAAGAAAGGGCAGGUGCUGUUUUGGUUUUUAUGACUGGUUGGGAUGAUAUUAAUUCACUCAAGGAUCAACUCCUGUCUCAUCCGUUAUUGGGAGAUCCAUCUAAAGUUUUACUUCUUGCAUGCCAUGGCUCUAUGGACAGCUCAGAACAGAAAUUGAUAUUUAAUAAGCCUGAAGAUGGUAUCAGGAAAAUUGUUCUAGCGACCAACAUGGCUGAGACAAGCAUCACCAUUAAUGAUGUAGUUUUUGUUGUCGAUUGCGGAAAAGCAAAAGAAACGUCCUAUGAUGCACUCAAUAACACUCCAUGUUUGCUUCCGUCCUGGAUCUCAAAGGCUUCUGCUCACCAGAGGAGAGGAAGAGCAGGCCGUGUUCAGCCAGGUGAAUGCUACCACCUGUAUCCCAAAUUUGUAUACGAUUCUUUUGCUGAAUAUCAACUGCCAGAACUGUUGAGGACACCCUUACAGUCUUUAUGCCUCCAAAUUAAAAGUUUACAGCUUGGUAGUAUUUCAGACUUCUUAUCAAGGGCCCUGCAGCCACCUGAACCUUUAUCAGUUCAGAACGCUAUUGAAUACUUGAAAAUAAUUGGGGCCCUAGAUGACAAUGAAAAUCUUACAGUGUUAGGACGUAAGUUGUCAGUACUUCCAGUUGAGCCCAAACUUGGUAAAAUGCUAAUAUUAGGGGCUAUUUUCAACUGCCUCGACCCAAUAAUGACCGUUGUUGCUGGUUUAAGUGUCCGAGAUCCAUUUUUGAUGCCGUUUGACAAGAAGGAUCUUGCUGAGUCAGCAAAAGCCCAGUUUUCUGGAGGUGAUAACAGUGACCAUUUUGCUCUUCUGCGUGCUUAUGAUGGUUGGAAAGCUGCUGAAAGACAACAGUCAGGUCAAGAGUAUUGUUGGAGGAACUUCCUUUCUUCACAAACCCUAAGAGCUAUUGAUUCUCUUAGGAAGCAAUUCUAUUAUUUGCUUAGAGAGAGUGGUAUGGUUGAUAAUCUGGAGAAAUGCAACACAUGGAGUGCUGAUCAACAUCUUAUCCGAGCCAUCAUAUGCUCAGGGCUGUUCCCUGGAAUUUGUUCCGUUGUGAACAAAGAGAAAUCAAUAUCUCUGAAAACAAUGGAAGAUGGUCCUGUAUUGCUCUAUUCAAGUUCCGUUAAUGGGCAAGAAUCAAGAAUCCCAUAUCCAUGGCUGGUAUUCAACGAAAAAGUGAAAGUGAAUUCCGUCUUUCUACGAGAUUCAACAGCUGUGUCGGAUUCUGUUCUUCUUUUAUUUGGAGGAAGUGUUACAAGAGGCGGUCUGGAUGGACACUUGAAAAUGCUGGGGGGUUACUUGGAAUUUUUCAUGAAGCCUGGCUUGGCAGCCACUUAUCUUGCCUUAAAGAGAGAGCUCAAUGAACUCAUUCAGUUGAAGCUUCUGAAUCCCAAAAUGGACAUAGGCCAGAACAAUGAAUUCCUGGAGUCUCUAAAACUAUUGAUAUCCGGGGAUCGCUGUGAGGGUAGAUUUGUGUAUGACCGUAAAGUAACGCCGGUUUCAAAAAAUAGCGGGAAACAAUCUGAUAAAAAAUCCGCAGCCACUUGUGGCCCUGAAGCCGAGAAUGAAAAUUCCAAGAAUCACUUGCAAACGUUACUUCUAAGAGCGGGUCAUCAACCGCCUUCCUACAAGACAACACAGUUAAAGAACAAUAAGUUUAGAUCCACUGUGAUUUUCAACGGUUUGGAUUUUGUUGGGGAACCAUGUGGUAGUAAAAGACUUGCAGAAAAAAGUGCCGCAUCACAGGCUCUUGAGUGGUUAACGGGUGAGACCCGAUCUUCACAAAAGGCAAUCGACAAUAUCUCAACAUUACUAAAGAAAAACAAAAAGAAGAGCCGAGUUCACUAAAACCAGGAACUGCCGUUCCAAAUUUUCCAUUGUUUAAGAGGUGCAAAAGUAAAGACAUACAUGCCUGCACCAAUAGACGGAAUUCAAACUACCGUGCCAGGAAAGGCGAGGCGAGGCCAUACUAACAUAUUUCUGGUGGUGAUGUUUUUGGAGGUUAGGAAAAUAGUGUCCCUAGUUAUAGUAUUGUUUUAUUGUUGUUGAUUAGUUAUAUACUUGGGUUUAAACUCGUGUCUUGGAAUUUGUAAUUAUUUAUUAUAUCACAAUAAAUAGUUUCAAAAUCAUAUUUCUUAUGAACUGAAUCAAACGACCAUUUACCUAUGGUUGAUUU